GAUGUUUUCCCUUCGUUGAGAAACAAAACGUUCUUGGGCAGUGAACUUUUAGCUUCUGAACUUUGCAUUUGAAGAUUUGUUGUUCUCUUUGAGAUACUUGGGUAUUGCAAUUAAAACUCUCCUCGCCAAUCUUUCCUGACGAUUCCGGCGCAUUUCAAUCUGAUAUCAAACCAACCCCUCUCUUCCUCACGAAGCAACAUCUCCGUCAAACAAGCAAGAUGUCUGAAGAUUUUCCCGUGCCAGAUACACGAGUUCUUGCUGUAGCCAGUCAUGUUGUUUACGGAUAUGUCGGAAAUACCAUGGCCACGUUCGUUAUGCAAUCUCUAGGGUGCGAAGUCGCUGCUCUGAAUACAGUACAGUUCAGCAAUCAUCUAGGUUAUGGACAAGCUAAAGGCACACGCGCUACCGCGAGCGAAAUAUCGGAUCUCUAUCAAGGACUCAAGGACUCAUACCUCGAUGAUUUCAACAUGAUGCUCUCGGGCUAUCUGCCUGGAGCCGCAUCUGUAGAAGCCGUUGGCACAAUAGCACGCGAUUUGAAAUUGAAAACUACAAUGAAACCGGGAAGCUUCUUUUGGGUGUUGGAUCCGGUUAUGGGGGAUAACGGGAGAUUGUAUGUGGCGGAGGAUGUGGUGCCAGCUUAUAAAGCAUUGAUCAAAGAUGCGGAUUUGAUUCUACCAAAUCAAUUUGAGGUUGAGACACUAUCUGGUGUCAAAAUUCAGGACAUGGAUACACUUAAAUUGGCCAUAACGACAUUACACGAAGUAUAUAAAAUCCCUCAUAUAAUGGUUACAUCCAUUUCACUUCCAUCUCCCGGCGCGGAGCCCCAUCUUUCGGUUGUAGGCUCGACUAUGACAUCUACGGCUGAACCAAGAAUCUUUAGCAUCAAAAUACCAGCGAUUGAUUGUUUCUUUAGUGGAACAGGAGAUAUGUUUGCAGCGCUCAUGUUGGUGAGAUUCAAAGAGGCAGUGUGUAAUGUGGAAGGACUAUUGGAGAAAGAUGCGUGGAUUAGUGAUGAUGAGGUGGAGGCUACGGAAUUACCGCUUGCGAGAGCCACGGAAAAGGUUUUGGCUAGUAUGCAUGAAGUGCUUGGGAAGACAAAGAUCGCGAGAGAUGAGGAGAUUGAGAGGUGGAAGAAUGUUGUGGGUGGAAGGGGGAAAGAUGAGGACUCUAAGAGAGAGGGAUUGGUCAGGUCGAAGGCGGCUGAAGUGAGACUGGUCAGGAAUGUGCACUUUCUGAAAAAUCCAGUAGUGAGAUUUAGAGCAGAAAGUGUGUAGAAUUGGGGAGAAGCUACAGUUUAGACAUCCUGAAUACAUAGAUGCAUCA